AACUUAUAUAGAACCUCGAGUCCAGCGAUGCCAACGCUUCAAGCCCAACCGCUGACCUUCAGUACGCCCCGGUAUGACCCGAGUUUGAUCAGAUGGAGAUUCGAAACCCAAAAUCAAGUCGGAGUAAGCUCAUUAUGAUUUCUCGUUGCUGCAGCUGCCGAAAGCCAAAAGCUCAGAUCGUUGGAGCCCGAAGUCUGAAGUAUAUGGUGCCUUAUCAAAAGCCCCUCAAGGUGGACAACUUCGGAUGCCGAAGUCUCUAGCUCUUUGAGCCCUUAGCCUGUGUUGCUUAGUCGCUAUAUAAGCCUCAUCUGCAGGUUCCACCAGCAUCAGUCAUCUCUCUGAGCUUACCCCAAAAACAACCAACCAAACCUUAUUCAAGAUGUUCAAAUUUGUUGCCGUCAUCGCUCUCCUGGUCGCCACCGCCAGCGCCGGUCUGAUCGAGACCCACCAUGUGGUGCACGAGCCCGUCCUGGCCAAGGUCGGAUCGGUGGUGCACUCUGCUCCCUCGGCGGUGUCCCACCAGAGUAUCACCCAGGUGCACAGCAAGGCGGUGGUGCAGCCAGUGGUUGCUCCCAUCGUGAAGACCACCACCUACUCCCAACCCGCCGUUGCUGUCCACGCUGCUCCAGUGGUUCACUCCGUGCCCGUUGUCCACGCCGCUCCAGUCGUCCACUCUGUGCCGGUGGUGCACUCCGCUCCUGUGGUGCACUCUGUGCCUCUGGUCCACUCCGCUCCCCUCCUCAAGUCGGUGGUGCACUCCGCUCCUCUGGCCUACACCCUGCACCACUAAGGUUGCAAAUGUGAUACAG